GGGGGGUGGGGGGGACGUCACGCUGAGAGCAGAGCAGCGGCUGUCAGAGACACUGCUAGCAUUUGCUUUGAGUUAUUUCGGUUUGUUUUGUUUUUUCCGCGCUACAUUUUUUUUCUGCGUAAAAAGCUAAUAAAACUCCGAAGGAACCCCGAGCGCGCGAAGCGAUGUUCGGCUACGGCAAAUGCGGCAGGUUCACGUGGACGGGGACCCUGGAGGACUGCGGCCGACGCCCGGGCAGCGGUGAGCGAGUGCGGCCUACCAUGGCAACCACGGGUGCCAGCGGACUGGAGGUGCUCCUGACCACGCUGCAGGAUGUGGGGGACACAGAGAGCGCCCUCAAUAUCCUGAACGUGCUGGACGAGCUCCUGUCAGCAGGCACCGACAGGCGGAUCCACUACAUGAUCUCCAAAGGCGGCAGUGAGGCUCUCCUCUCGGCCUUGGUGAAGACGGGCAGGUGCCUCUCUCCCAACUACGCCAUCCUGCUGCCCCUGCUCCACCUGCUAGCCAAGGUUGGGCACAGAGACAGGUGGAUCGGGCUCAAGGCGGAGAAGGCGGACGCCGUGCUGCUCACACUGGGUCUGCUCAGGCAGAAUUCGGAACACCCCCAGAGGGCGGCGGCCUGCCUGUGGGUCCUCAGGGUCUUCUGCUCAUCCGUGUCCACAGCUACUCUGCUGGGUGAAAACAGAGGCCUGGACGUGGUUUUUAAGCUGGUGUCCGCGCACACGACAAAGCGCGCACGCACGGUCAAGGCAGCAAUUGAUGCAUUUGCAGCACUUCUGCAUUCAAAGGCCAACAGCCGGUGUGCGGUUGCUAAGGGAUACGUGUCCAGCCUGCUGAAGCUGUACGAGGACUGGCACAGCCGCGACGGCGCCAACGCCCACGUGCCCAUCCGCAGGGCCCUGCUGCACUGCCUGCACCACGCCACCAACGUCCGCGCCGGGCGGGGCGCCCUGCAGGCGCACGGGGGCAUGGGCCUGCUGUUCCAGUCCACCCAGACUUGCCUGGCCAAUAAGGCCACAGAGGCCCUGGCAGAAUUGUCCAUUCAGCUGAUGAGGAAGUGUUUCCCAAAGUGCCCCCUCCCGCUGACCUCAGAUCAGAGCCUCUACACCUUUCCCCUGCCUGGGAGGCCUGCCCCCGGCCUGGACACUGACCCAGGAACGCAGGAUGACGGCUUGGAAGAGGACAGUGACGACGACGCUCAAAAUGGCGACUCUGACAGCUUGGAGUACGACGACGACCUGGAGACGGACCCGGACAAGCUGCGGGAGCGGCCCAAACCGGACAGGCCCCCGGAGGAGCUGAGCCAGUACCUGCAGCUGUGUCCUGAGCUGCUCCAUGACUUCCAGGAGUUAGACGCUGACAUGGAGGCCAAGGACACCUCAGAAGAGGUUAUCCCAAACGGGGAAUCGAGCCCAGGACACGGGGGCCACGCCACGCCAGAGGGGGAUCCCGGAACAGCCCGUCCGCAGAAGCGGGCCCCUGCCAGGGAGGCGCCCCCGCCCCCGGCCCCGCCCCCAGCUCAGAGCGCGCAGGACUUCCACAGCUGGGCCCUGGGCGACCUCGCGGCGGUGGACCGGCUGCUGGCCGCCCGCCGGCCCUGCGUCCCCCACCACGACCCCCGCGUCUACGCUGCCGCCGCCGCCCGCACCAAGUCCGUCCCCGGCUUCUCCGCCCUGGCCUUCCCGGACCUGUGGGGGCACCUCCCUCCCCGGGGCCCGGAGCCGAUGGCCGCGCGGGACCCGAACGUGCAGAGGAAGAAGGUGUUCGAGGACAUUCGGAGGCAGCUGAACCCGGAGGACGUGAUUGGCAGGGUGGCGUUUGACCUGGAGGAGACCAGCCCCCAGUGCCAGUCGGAGCACCCGGACUCCCUGCGCUUCUACUCCAAGUUUGAGUCCGGAAACCUCCGCAAAGCCAUCCAAGUGCGAAGGUACGAGUACGACCUGAUCCUGAACGCGGACGUGAACUGCUCCCAGCACCUGCAGUGGUUCUACUUUGAGGUCAGCGGCAUGCAGAGCGACGUCCCGUACCGCUUCAACGUCAUCUGCUGCGAGAAGGGCAACAGCCAGUUCAACUACGGGAUGCAGCCGGUCCUGUACUCUGUGCGGGAGGCGUUGGAGGGGCGGCCCCACUGGGUCAGAGCCGGCUCAGAGAUCUGCUACUACCGAAACCAUUUCUGCCCCAGCAGAGGUUCGAAAGGCCCGGCCUUCUACACUCUGACCUUCACCGUGACCUUCCCGCACAGCGAGGAUGUGUGCUACCUGGCCUACCACUACCCCUACACCUACUCUGCCCUCCAGACCCAUCUGCAGAUGCUGGAGGAGGCGGUGGACCCUCGCGUGGUCUUCUUCCGGAAGCAGACCCUGUGCCACACGCUGGCGGGCAACCCCUGCCCGCUGCUCACCAUCACCGCCUGCCCCACGUCCUGCAGCUGGCAUCAACUGCAGGAGCUGCGAAAACGCCCCUGUGUGGUCCUGACGGGUAGGGUGCACCCAGGGGAGAGCAAUGCGAGCUGGGUAAUGAAGGGCUCGCUGGAGUUCCUGUGCAGCAGCGACCCCGUGGCCGAGAGCCUGAGAGAGGCCUACGUCUUCAAGAUCGUCCCCAUGCUCAACCCCGACGGGGUCAUCAACGGCACGCUCCGCUGCUCCCUGAAUGGGGAGGACCUGAACAGGCAGUGGAUCAGGCCUGACCCCGCCCUCAGCCCCACCAUAUUCCACUGCAAGGGCCUCCUCUACUACCUCCAAAGCUUGGGCCGCACCCCUCUGGUGUUCUGCGAUUACCACGGCCACUCUCGGAAGAAGAACGUCUUCCUGUACGGCUGCAGCGUGAAGGAGACUCUCUGGCAGGCGGGGUCUACGGUCAACACCUCCGCGCUGAAGGAGGAUCCCGGACACAGGACCAUCCCGAAAACGCUGGACCGGAUCGCCCCGGCGUUCUCCUUCAACAGCUGCAGCUACCUGGUGGAGAAGUCGCGCGCGUCGACGGCGCGGGUGGUGGUGUGGCGCGAGAUGGGCGUGAUGCGCAGCUACACGAUGGAGAGCACCUACAACGGCUGCGACCAGGGCGUCUACAAGGGUCUGCAGAUCGGCAGCAGGGAGCUGGAGGAGAUGGGGCUCAAGUUCUGCCAGAGCCUCCUGCCCCUGAGGAUGCACACGCUGCUCUACAGCCCCAGGCUCUUCGGCCGCGCGUCCGCCCUGCUCGACCUCAGCGACAGCCCCCUCGACCACAAGUCCCACAACUGCUUCGAGGACGACGAGCCGGCGUGCGCGGAGGAGAUCGAGUACCUGACGCACGGCUUCCUCGAGCUCGACGCGGAGCAGCUGGACGCAGACGUCAACGGCAACACGUCCGGCUCCGAGGAGGAGGAGGAGGAGGAGGGUGAGGAGGAAGAUCGGUGUGUCAACGGCCUCGGACGCACGGACGGGAAUUCCCGCCUCAUUCCGAGGCACGUGCGCGAAGGCCCUCUAAAAACUCUCAACUCGAAGAGAACGCGCAGCGGCGUCGACAUCGGCAACGGACAGUACCUGAGCUAGGGGCCUUGUCUGAACUCUGGGGUCCUCCGGGUCUCGGAACCUGGGCAUGGAUAGGACAAGGCCUUGGUCACAUGGCUGGUUAGCAGCCUAUCACAAUCUGUUUUUGUGAGAUUUGUCUUUUUUUAAUGCAACUAGAUGCUGAACUAGAUUAUGAAUGCAACAAAAAAAAAGGUAUUAUAUUGUGGCAGUGAAUCACACCUGUAUACAAGCUUUAUAAUAAUGGAAAAAUUAUUUUUUGUCAGGGUGAAUAUAUACACAUUGUUUCGUAAGAUGAUGUUGCAUUUUAGGUGCAUAUAAUGCAUAUGGGAAUGAAUUUGGUUUCUACUUCACGGUUUACUUAAAUUUAUGGAAUAAUUUGUGAUUAUAGAAAAAUAACAUUUGUAUGCAGCACAACUAAAAACCAUCUCGCAGUGCAUCAGCACUUGUUUUUAUGAAUAGUAAACUUAAGCAGAUUAGGUAAAUCUACGACAUAUUCCAUUCUUAUAAUGUAAGUACUGCAUACCGUAUCAGUGGAGAAACAAUUUCAACAGAAGUUGUUGAACAAUAAAAGAUGGUUCUUGUUU